GUCUAGGUUUCAGUAUUGCAGGAGGUGUGGGAAACCAACACAUUCCUGGGGACAACAGCAUUUAUGUUACCAAGAUUAUUGAUGGAGGAGCCGCGCAAAAAGAUGGGAGAUUGCAGGUUGGAGAUAGACUUCUUAUGGUAAAUAAUUACAGUUUAGAAGAAGUUACCCAUGAAGAGGCAGUAGCAAUACUGAAGAACACAUCAGAUGUAGUGUAUCUCAAAGUCGGAAAACCCACCACCAUUUACAUGACUGAUCCUUAUGGCCCGCCAGAUAUUACUCACUCUUAUUCUCCACCAAUGGAAAAUCAUAUACUCACGUCUGGAAACAAUGGCACUUUAGAGUACAAGACAUCUCUGGCCCCAAUCUCACCGGGAAGAUACUCACCCAUUCCAAAGCACAUGCUUGUGGAGGACGACUACACCAGGCCUCCUGAACCUGUUUACAGCACUGUGAACAAACUGUGUGAUAAACCACCUUCUCCUAGGCACUAUUCCCCUGUCGAGUGUGACAAAAGCUUCCUUCUUACAGCUCCCUAUCCCCACUACCACGUAGGCCUGCUCCCUGACUCUGAGAUCACCAGUCAUUCCCAGCACAGCACUGCAACGCGUCCACCCACAGUGAGCUUACAGCGGACCAUUUCUGUGGAAGGAGAGCCUCGAAAAAUCAUCCUGCACAAGGGCUCCACAGGACUUGGUUUUAACAUUGUGGGAGGCGAAGAUGGGGAAGGCAUUUUCGUGUCUUUCAUCCUAGCAGGCGGGCCUGCCGAUCUCAGCGGAGAACUACAGAGAGGAGAUCAAAUUUUAUCCGUGAAUGGUAUUGAUCUUCGAGGUGCUACCCACGAGCAGGCUGCAGCUGCGUUAAAAGGAGCAGGGCAGACGGUAACAAUCAUAGCACAAUACCAGCCGGAGGAUUUUCACUCUCAGUUCAUGGUCUGUUGUGGCAAUGCCAGCAGAAGAGGGCUACUUGACCUCGUGGUUAAAGCAUAAGAUUGACAACCAGGCAUCGUGGGUUCUUCUUAACUCUACCACAUACCUUUGCGUUGCUUAUCAACUUUUUUUUUUUGCCUUUUUUUCCUCUAGGUUCUUCUACUGUUAUGCUAUUGCAGACCACUUUGGUUCUUUAUAUGGUGUUGUUUGUAAAAUGGGGUGUGACAUAGCAAGGCGUAAUGGAGCAUGAUAAUAAGAACGUUGUGAAAUUCAAUGAGAGCCCUGUUCAGCACUUCACUGGGUCUUGAAGCCAGUGGGAGUUUUAGUGAGUAAGGUGCAAAAACAGGCUCUUUGACUAUGGCUUAAUCCUGAGAUACAUUUUGUGAAUUCAGUGGAAGCUGUGCAUGUCCAACAAUUGUCAUAUCAGUUCAUUAUAAUUUGUAAAGUACUUUGAGAUCUUCUGGGGACCAGGCUAUUAUACAAGCUUUAGUAUGCACUGCCAUGAGUGAGCUGAUUUUGUGUUUAGACAUAACUAAUGGUUGUGAGCACCAUGGUUAGUAAUGUGUUUUUGGGACAGGAAUCCUGCAUUAAGUAAAAUUAAAUAAGAAUAAUUCAUUAUUUUAAGCGUUUUACUUAUUUCCAUGCAUUAAGGUAAUUGUGUGCAAUUUUCAAAAAUCCCUCUGUGACUUCAGUAAUAUGUAGGGCCCCUAAGUGUUUUUAUUUGAUGUAACUUGGGGUUCUAAGUCGCUUAACUUACACAUAAGUGUAUUCCGUGUGUUUGCCAGGCAAUAAUGACCAAUGCCUGGAAGCACCACAAAGAGGUCUAUGGUGAGUUGAGUUUUAAUGCCAAAAUCCAGAAUGUCACUUCAUUUGUGUAUGAAGAGUGGAAAGUAUUACUCAAAUUGACAUAAUUUAUUCUUUAAACUAAUUUUUUGUGAAUUUACAAGUAAACGUACUUAUAAAACAGCUUUAUAAACAGGUCUCUUAAAUUAUUCAUUACUUGAAGUCAGAUUUUUUGGAGUGCCUUCUUCAAUAGAGGUUGCCGUGUAAUAUUUUCCUUCAAAGAAUUCCGUGAAAAAUUUUCUUGUUCAGAAAAUGGAUGCAAUGUUUUCAAUAGAUCUGAUGCCAAAGGCAUGCUGCCUCCUUUUUCAUAAUGGCUAUCAAUUCACAUUGUUCUCAGGCAGCUGUUUUCAUAUUUCCAGCUCUUAAACACACUUGGUUUUCUUGCCAGAAUAACCAGAUCUGUAAACUUUCUAGGUUUGUAAAUCUUGCUUGGGGCUAAAUAUAUAUCCCUGUGAUGUAUUUUACCUUAAAUUAUUGAUAUGUAUGUUCAAUUGUAACUCUUAAUGCAGUUUUUGUCUGGGAAUUAUUAUAUAAUGGUAUUCAAGAAUUCCUUUUUGUGUAAGAAAUUUAGAUAUUAAAUAGUGAGAUAAAUUUCUAGAGUAUUCUUUGCAUUCUUACUGACUGUGGAGAUUUACUUCUUCAUGUCCGUGAUAAAGGUUGCUGGGGCUUGUGUAGCUUUCAUCUGUGGGUCAGUAUUUUAAUGAACUUAGCAUGUAGUAUUCGUAUUGUUAUAGUCCCUAGAAGGCCCACUUGCAGACCUCAGUAAGUCAUUGUAAAAACACGGAAUAAAAAGAGUCUGGGUGUCUCUGAGAGCUGAUGAAAAGCACUAAAUGGAAAAAGACAGACAAGGUAUGCAAAGGAAACAGUGUGAAAUAUUGGUCAAAAUGACAAGGUGAGAGCCUAACUGUGACAGAUUUUCCUGGAAGAGUCACAGCAAAAGGAUAAGGUUUUGAAGAACAGUGGAAAUAAUGAAUGGAUAUUUCCAAAUUGCUCCUUGUGCCUAUUAGGGGACCCUUAAAAGAAAGCCUGAGGGACCUUUCUGAACAUUUGGCAGGUAGAUAUCAGGCACCCAGCAUCAUGGGCCAAAUGUAGGUAGGAGAGUCCUAUAGAUGUAUCCAGAGGGUUGUCUAUCACCCAGACUAUAAUUACUGUUAAAGGAGGUGUGGAUGCCUUGCUUGUGCAAGUGAGUGAGGUUUGAUAGACCAGGCGGAGGAAGGAAGAGGGAAGAUGUGGCCUGACCUCCGGUGCGUGGGUACUAUUCUCCCAGCAAUGGUCCGAAUGGAUUUGCUUGCUUUUGUCUAGGCUGUAGGGCAGUGGAUAGCCACAAGAACGUCAUACUAUCCAAAAUAUGACAUGGUGAAAGUA